UGUGGAUUGUUAUGGGCCCAAAAGUUAUACUUGACAUCAGUCCAAGUACCCAUCCACCCUUUAAAGGUUUUGUCCAAUCUUAAUUUGGGGCCUCAUUCCUUUCUUACCAAACCUGAUUCUUACGAAAGUGUUCGUCUGCCCAUUUCGCGCGCUUCAUUUAUAUGCUUCAGAAAGUAGGCCAUACGACAGGACGCGGGACAUUUUCGUGUCCACAUAACGCUUGAUUUCCGACCGGUGAGUAACUCCUUAGUACUCAUGAUUGUCAGGAAAAACUUAUAGACUUUACUUUAUACCUUUGUAAGAUUCCCGAUAUCUCAAUUCCUGCUGAAAAUGGCUAGAGAUCUGCACGUAGUGAUGCUUCCAUGGUCUGCUUUUGGCCACCUGAUACCAUUCUUUCAACUCUCCAUAGCCUUGGCCAAAGCUGGAGUAAAAGUCUCCUUCAUAUCAACACCAAGAAACAUCCAAAGACUCCCUAAAGUUCCUCCAACUUUAGCAACUCCGAUAGAUUUAGUGGCUUUACCAUUGCCAGUCUUAGAUAAGCAGAUCUUGCCGGAGGGCGCAGAGGCCAGCGUGGACAUUCCUUCAGAGAAAAUUCCCUACCUGAAAAUUGCAUAUGAUCUCCUCCAGCACCCGGUCAAGCAGUUCAUCUCAGAUCAACGACCGGAUUGGAUAAUCACUGAUGCAAUUUCUUAUUGGGUGGUUGAGGUUGCUCAAGAGAAGCAAAUACCUGUCAUUAAUUUCUCUGUUUUCCCUGCUUCUACAGGUGCCUUUUUUCUGCAACAAUAUUUCCCCGUUGCUGAUGUCCAAGAAGGAACAAAGCCCUCUCCUGAAAGCUUGUCAACACCACAUGAGGGGGGAAAGUUUCAAUCUUCCGUAGCUUACCGGAGAUUCGAGGCGACUGACGCGUACGAAGGCUUUUAUGUACCGAAUGCUUCUGGAGUAGCAGACAAUGAAAGGUUACGUAGAGUUCUUCUCGCAAGUAAAGCUCUAGCCAUUCGCACCUGCCCUGAAUAUGAAAGUGAUUACUUGAAUAAAUGCAAGGAGAUUAUAGGCAAACCGGUGAUUCCUAUUGGUUUACUCCUGCCAGAGAUACCUGCAGAAGGAAGAAGAAUCACUGACAAAUCAUGGAUUGAAAACUUUGAGUGGUUGGAUGGACAAAACCCCAAAUCAGUCGUGUUUGUAGGAUUUGGCAGUGAGUGUAAACUAAGCAAGGAACAAGUUCAUGAGAUAGCACGUGGGCUGGAGCUAUCGGGAUUGCCAUUUUUAUGGGCACUUAGGAAGCCUGAUUGGGCUACCGACGAUCAUGAUGCUCUGCCUCCAGGCUUUAGCGACCGGACACGUGGAAGGGGAGUUGUCUGCAUUGGUUGGGCACCGCAAUUGGAAAUUUUGGGACACCCGUCAAUCGGAGGCUCGUUGUUUCACGCAGGAUGGGGUUCAAUUAUAGAGACGCUGCAGUUUGGGCAUUGUCUCGUGGUUUUACCAUUGAUAAUUGACCAACCCCUGAAUGCAAGGCUUUUGGUGGAGAAAGGUCUGGCUGUGGAAGUAGAGAGAAGUGACGAUGGAUCAUUUAGCGGAGCUGAUGUAGCUAAGGCUCUAAGACUGGCUAUGGUUUCUGAGGAAGGAGAGAAUUUAAGGGUCCGAGCUAAAGAAGCAGCCGAAGUUUUUGGGAACCGGAACCUGCAACAUAGUUGCUUCAAUAGAUUUGUUGAGUAUCUGGAGAAAUAUGGAGCUGCGACUGAUCAAAGUCAAUGAUAAUCUCCCUAAGCUAAGUAAGAUGGUUGCUUUGUCGAUGUAUGAGCAAUAACUUUAGUUUUUUUUUCUUUUGGAUUUGCAAACUUAAAAAAGUAAUGCUACUCAAUAAUUAUCAUGUGUCAAACCUCAAAAUUCACCUGCAAGUAAGUGAGCCUAAUUGACAAAUUUAAAGAAUGGAAAUUUCCAAUCACAUUUGUUAAUUGGGUAAUGUCACUCAUUUGGACUUGGAUUACAGGAUUAUUCAAAUAAUUAAGUUCUGGUUCCUUUUGUAUUGUUUUAAUAAUAUGCUUAUCCGAUGAUAUUUAAAGGCUUGCAA